AGCUCCUCGCCUCGGCUGCUUCUCUCCUCUGUCUCUCUCUCUACACAGCUCCAGGUCGGCGCUCGUCCCUCAGCUCUCCUCGCCUCCGGCAUUCCGCCGCCUCCCCCCGCCGAGCCCAUCAGCAGCCUUCCCCCCAUGGACGACUUCGGCGGCGCUGAUCCGGCGCGCCAGCAGCACCUGUCGCCGCAGGGGGGCGGGGGCGGGCAGCCGCCGGUGCCGCGCUCCCCGACCCCGCUGGACCUCUCCGCCGCCGCGGCGUCGGCCUCCUACCACCACCGCCGGCUCUCCCCGUCCCCGCGCCCCCCCGCGCACCCGCAGGCGCGCCUGCCGUCGCCCUACGGCCAGAUCCCCGCGGCCCACCACGCGCGCUCGCUCUCGCAGCCGCUCUUCUUCUCGCUCGACGCGCUCCCGCCGCCGCCCUACGCCGAUCUGGCCGUCCCGCCCUCCCCGCCCUCCUCCACCUCCGACCCGCCGCCCUUCGGCCUGCCGCCGCGCAGGGCCGCCGCGCACCGCCGCUCCCACAGCGACAUCCCCUUCGGCUUCUCCCACCUCAGCCCGCCCCUGCCCCCGCCGGCGCCCGUCAAGCGCGAGCCCCCCGCCGGGCCCGACGGCGGCGGCGGCGACGACGCAGCCCUCUACGACCUCGUCAACGCCUACAUGGACCUCGACGGCAUGGACGCGCUCAACUCCGACGACCGCGACAGCCGCGCCAGCGGCACGCGCGCCGACAGCAGCGAGAACGAGGCCGAGAGCCAGUCCACCUCCGCCGACAGGAAGGACGGGGGCAAGGCCCGGCAUUGCAGGAGCCUGUCCAUGGACAGCUUCAUGGGGAAGCUCAACUUCGCCGCGGGUGAAGACUCGCCCAAGCUGCCGCUGCCGUCCCCCGGCGGCGGCGGUGGCCUUUCCAGGACCGGGAGUGGGUCCUUGGAUGGCGGUGGUGCUGCCGCGCUGUUUGGUGCGGAGUUUGCCAAUGGGGAGUUCAGCGAGGCUGAGAAGAAGAAGAUCAUGGCGAAUGAACGCCUGGCGGAGAUUGCUUUGACAGAUCCUAAGAGGGUCAAGAGGAUUUUGGCAAAUCGGCAGUCUGCGGCAAGGUCAAAGGAGCGCAAGAUGAGGUACAUUCAAGAGCUUGAGCACAAGGUACAGGUUCUGCAGACAGAGGCCACUACACUCUCAGCACAGCUCACAAUGCUGCAGAGGGACUCUGGAGGGCUUGCGACUCAGAACAAUGAGUUGAAAAUUAGGCUACAAGCAAUGGAGCAGCAAGCGCAGCUGAGAGAUGCUCUGAACGAAGCACUUACUGGUGAGGUCCAGCGUUUGAAACUCGCAACAGGUGAGAUUACUGAUGGUCGUAUGUCAAAGAUGGGCCUACAGCAGCAGAUGAACUCCCAGCUGAUUCAAAUGCAGCAGCUGCAAAUACAGCAGCAGCAGCAGCAGCAACAACAACAACCAUCGCAGAUGCAGCAGGCUCAGCAACAACAACAGCAACAACAGCAGUCGCAGCAAUCAGCAUAGAUCAAAGUUCAAAGAACUUGGAUUUCUAUAGCAGAGUGGAAAUCUGAAUUUAGAAGAACGGCGAUCGUACAUGCGAGCAGAGAUAAAAAGUAUUUUCGUUAUAUCAGUCAGGUUGUAGCAUAGCAAUGGUUGGCCAGAUGUUGUCCAAGUUCUUUCGAAGGUGGCAAUACUUAGCGUCGUCAUGUCGUAUAUUCUGUGUUGUACAUGAGUACCUUCCUUGUGAGUCAUUUCGGUAGUCUUAUUAAAGAUUCUUUCAAGUGGGGCGUUUGUGUUUUCUGCGUCAGGAUAGCAUAUCACAAAUGUGCAACAGUACUUGUGCUGUGAAUUGUGAUGGUGUAAUUACCUAAAUAUAGGGUAUUUCAUCGUCAGAGUUUGGGCCA